AGUGUGGCGAGACAGCAGUCGCACCCGGAAGUGUAAUAAUAACGCGGCUACGGGAAGUGAUGGUACCCGGCCAAUUGAAACACCGGGUUAAAACAGGUGUUUAUGAAUCUUUAUUUCCUGGGGCUCGGUAGAGCCUUCCUUUUCAGCAAGUGUUGGAGGAUGCAAAUAUUUCGUCAUAUUUUUAAUGUCUCAUCCUAUUGAAAACCGAGGGGAAACCAGCACUAGGAGUGUGUACCAGAAGGCUAAGCUCAGUUAAAGCUUUUAAGAAGUUUCUUUUGCUGCCCGCCACCCCCAAUUCCCCUCCCGCACAGGGAUGUGCAGAUGGAGGCCGGAGAAGACACUGCUGCCCCAGCCCCCGGGGACGCAGAGGACUUGGAGGACACGCGGUUUCCCAGUGAGGAGGCUGGAGACGGUGGAGGGGUUCACGGGGACCCAGCAGAUCUCGGAGAUGGGAGCCUGGAGGAAACAGGAUCCGAGACCAAGGACAAGUCACCGAGCCUGCUGUCACCACUGCCCCAGUCAGAGUCCCCUUCAUGUAAUUAUGGGCUCUGGGAUCCUUCAGCCUCUGAGAAUAGUCCCACGGGUGACCCUGAGAGUGGCUCUGGGGGCCAGGGCGGAGACCCCAGUGAUGAGGACUGGCGCAGCAAGCGGAAGCACGUGUUUGUGCUGAGCGAGGCAGGCAAGCCCAUCUACUCGAGGUACGGCAGUGUGGAGGCACUGUCGGCUACCAUGGGUGUGAUGACAGCCCUCGUGUCCUUCGUGCAGAGUGCAGGAGAUGCCAUCCGCGCCAUCUAUGCUGAGGACCACAAGCUGGUGUUCCUACAGCAGGGCCCUCUGCUGCUGGUGGCUGUGUCAAGGACUCCUCAGUCAGCAGCCCAGCUUCGGAGGGAGCUGCUGGCUGUGCACGCACAGAUCGUGAGCACAUUGACACGUGCGAGUGUGGCCCGCAUCUUCGCCCGUAAGCAGAACUACGACCUCCGCCGCCUGCUGGCUGGCUCGGAGAGCACACUAGACCGGCUUCUGGACAGUGUGGAGCGAGACCCAGGUGCCCUGCUCCUGGGUGCCGUGCGCUGUGUGCCCCUUGCUCGUCCACUGCGGGAAGCACUGGGUGCACUGCUCCGACGUUGCACAGCACCCGGCCUGGCGCUGUCUGUGCUGGCCGUCGGUGGUCAGCUGGUGACAGCAGCCCAGGAGCGGAGUGUGCUGGCUGAGUGCCGGUUGGACCCAGCCGACCUGCAGUUGCUGCUCAACUGGGUCAGCGCCCCGGCCUUUGCAGCGGGGGAGGCAUGGGCACCUGUGUGCCUGCCCCGCUUCAACCCUGAUGGCUUCUUCUAUGCCUAUGUGGCCCGCCUGGACGCCAUGCCUGUCUGCCUACUGCUGCUUGGCACUGACCCUGAGGCCUUCCAUGACAUGGCCACCUGCCGGCGCCUGGUAGAAGAUGGCAUGCACAACCUUGGUGCCAUGCGUACGCUUGGGGAGGCUGCCAGCUUCUCUAAUGCUCUGUCAGCCAAUGCCCCUUCCUACAGUGUGCAGGCUGUGGGGGCACCUGGCCUCUGGCACUUCCUCUAUAAGCCACUGGACAUCCCUGACCAUCACCGCCAGCUGCCCCAGUUUACCAGCCCCGAGCUAGAGGCCCCCUACAGCAGAGAGGAGGAACGGCAGCGCCUGUCGGACCUGUACCACCGCCUGCAUGCACGCCUCCACAGUACCUCCCGACCCCUGCGCCUCAUUUACCACGUGGCUGAGAAGGAGACGCUGCUGGCCUGGGUGACCUCCAAAUUUGAGCUCUAUACCUGCCUCAGCCCCCUGGUGACUAAGGCAGGUGCCAUCUUGGCAGUAACCAAACUCCUGCGCUGGGUGAAGAAGGAGGAAGAUCGGCUCUUCAUUCGUUACCCCCCCAAGUACUCCACACCCCCCGCAGCCUCAUCUGCCUCUACAGACCACGCUUCCCAUAAUGGCUUGUUCAGCGGAUCUUGAGAGGCAGAACUCCCAGACUGGGCAGUGCUGGGAAUGACGACCUUCGGCUUUUACCUUCUGUCUCUACCCUGGAAAUGGGCCACAUGAGAGGGAUGGAGUGGUUCGUGGUGGUAUCUGUGGCUGGUCUCUCCCUGGACAAUGGGACAAGAGCUGGGGGCCUACCCACGAAUGAGAGAUGGGUGGCAGCUGGCUGCACACAGGUGACAGACUGCUUCCCCCGUCCCCCCAUGUAACUCCACCUAUGGGGAAAUCCUUAGGCCUCUUCCCUUCCCUCUGUCUCACUUCCUCCACUUGGAUGAUAUUCCAGCCUCUGUCAUGCAUCUGGAGUCAACUUUGUCAAUGGGCUCUUAGCCCUGAGUGUCUAGGGCUGGCCAAGGUCUUUUUGGGUAGCACACGGGGAUUCUGAGAUUGCAGAGGCAGGGCCAGCCUGUGCCUGGAACUGGCCUGAGGACACUUUAAAGAAAAAGGCCUAAACCACUCCCCACAAGGACAUUCCUUUGCCCUUCAUAUGCUUUAUUCAUCCUUAACGUCAAAAAUGACCCCCAUCAAUGUUGGCCACUGCUAAUGUCAAAGAGAAAAGUGGCCUCCACAGUCUACCUGUCUGUAACCGGGGACAAAGCCACGACCUCACAGGGUAGAGGAGAUCCAGAAUUUUUACGUAGGUGGUGCACAUAGCUGCUGAGGCUCGUUCUGCCCCUCCAUGAAAUGGAGAUAACUAACCUCUCACAGGCUGUUACCUGAGGAUUUGUGUUCAAUGAAAAAGGACUUGAACUCUGUACCACUGCAUAACACAUGCACAUUUCUCCCGGACUUCCUUUCAACCUGAAGAGGGAAAGACCCCCUUGAGUUUGUGUGUGUGCUCACAACACUCACUCCCCAGCCCAUGAAGACCCUAGUUCUGCCCUUGUUUCCUCUAAACUGGAGUUAAAGGCGCAUGCUGCUGACUGGGCCCGAGGCUCGCUGAAACCCCGUUGCUCUCAACCCGGUCAACUGACGAGCCGAUGCGCACUGCACGCAUGCGCGCCAUAGAGCCUAUCUGCCGCGGCGUGUUUUUUAGUUGGUUUUUUUUUUAACCCAAUUGUCCGAGACGCAUGCGCCAAAUUCCUGCGUUGGAAAAUGGCGGGGAAGUUGGAGCCUUUGGAGGUGAAGCGGCUGGAGGUCUUGGAGGAGGUGGAGGAGGGUGAAGGUAAUGAGAAUAAGCCGGCCCCUCUUAGCCCGGGUAGAAGGGAGAAGCAGCUGUCCCGUUCCAAUAAUGAAAUAUUGAUAGCAGCUCUAAAAGAAAAAAAAAUGUUAAGCCUUUUAUAAAAUAGGGUUCAAUAAUACAGACAUAACAUGCAUAAUUUCAUCAGGAUUAACUCCUAUCAGCUUUAUUGGACAUACUACUUUGUACUUUAAAUAAUACUUCAGUAUGCAUCUCCAAGCAACAAAUGGAGGUGGACGUUCUCACAAAAAUCAUUGCUGCUGCCACACCUAGGAAAAUUAACGGUAAUUCCCCAGUAUCAGUUGACCCCCAGCACAUAUCACACUGUGUGUGGACUCAAAUCUUAAUUGAGAAUGGCCGCUCCCACAGACAGCUUUUCUCCAGGGCAUUUUGUAAUGAUACCUUCAUCCUAGUGAGGAGGGGCAAAAAUUGCUUACAGACAAGUGGGAAUUGCAGUUUAGACAAAAGAAAACCUCACAGGACAGUGAUCGGCUACUAUGCCACUAGCAUUAUUCUAAUUAUAGGAAUUUUUUAAAUGUACCAAAAUACAGAGAAUAGCCUGAUAAAUGCCCACAUAUCCAUCACUGUUUCAACAACUCAACCUUUUAACCUAUCAUCUAUAACACCCUUUCCUGCACAGCCCUUAAACCACUAUGUUAAUAAACAUACUGGAUUGCCUUUUUUCAGGCCUACCUAUGCAGACAUCAACAAUAACGGUGAUUAUUGUUUAUUGUCAUAGAGUGAAAACCAUUUAUUGCUCUUUCCCCAGCACCCAAACAAUGGCUGCUUGGCAUAUAAUAAGUGCCCAAUAAUUUUCUUUGUUGUAUGAAUAAUGAAAUAACAUGGAGAGUUCUCUUUGGUUUGGGCCACACACUCAAUGCCUGCUUUCAACAAAGGACAGAACUUGAGAGGUACAAAUGGAUCUCAUUUAUUAAGCACUUACUAUAGCUGCCACUGUACUAGAAAACUUCCAGUAUCACUUUUUCAAAUUUGUCAAAAUUGAAGUUACUAAUUUCAUCAGCAAGGGAGAAAAUUUAAAAGCAUGUCAAGUUCCCAUUUCUGGCCAUUAAAGUUGGCUUUCUAAAGAGGGAUAAUAGUGUUGAUUACUCUGGGGGAAAAGGCCAUCUCGUCUCACUGGGAGAGCUGACCAGCGAAGGCUUUGCUGGUGGCAGUUUGGCAGAACAUUUUCAGUAACUAAAAUGCUAUUCCAUAUCUUCAGUCACCAUUCGUAGUAAUGAGGAGAAUGCAUAGAUGUGUGGACCAGGGAGAGUCAUUAGAGUGUUGUUGAUGGAAGCUAAACAAAGAACAAUCAUGGUAAUGGCUAAGUUUAGGUAUUUUCAUGCAUAUUGUGGAAUACUUGUGUGGUGGACUUUUUACUUUUUUAGGUAGCAGGAAAAAAUGACAACUUAAUUUAAAAUAAUUAAUUUUAAAAGACAAUAUUAGUAUUUAUUGACACCGAAUGAACUCCAAGAAGAGAUUUUUAGGA